AUGAAGAACUCACUACUGUUCUUGAUUGCGCUGUUUGCCCACCGGGGGCGAUGCGGUCCCAAGCCCAUGCUUCAAUGGGACCCCGAAACAGCAAAAGACUGCGUCGAGUGGUACGACAACGCUGGUGAUGAGUCAUGCGAGUAUGUCAGAGACUACUUCAGUAUCACUCCCGAACAGUUCUUUGAAUGGAAUCCGUCGGUCGGGCUCGAUUGCGGGAGGUGGGAAUACCAAUCAUAUUGUAUCGUUACGCAGAGGCGCCUGGAAACGGAACCACCGAAGCACACGCUGACAACGGCUACUUCGACCUCGAAGAAUAUCCCGGAUACAACGAGCUCAACGUCCACCGCAUUGCUUCCGUCCCCGACCUCGUGGGAAGCGAGAGGAUGCUACGAUGACAACAACAGUGAAUUGCCAGUGCUAGAGUUUAAAGUCAGCUCAGAUGGAGGGGACACUGACCUGACUAUCUCUAAAUGCGAGGACUCCUGCUACCGCCGUGAUUUCAAAUUUGCUGGCGUCCGGGAGGGCAAUCAGUGCUGGUGCAGUAGCUUCGUGGGUGGCGAAUGGACGAAAAACCAAGCCGAUUGUAACAUACCGUGCUCUGGCGACAGCAACACCAUUUGCGGCGGAAAGCAACUUCUGAAUGUCUUCGAGGCCCUUGAAAACAACGUAAGCCUCACUGGGACGAUUACGACCGGAGCAACACAGACCGUCACUAGCCAAGCCAAUCAAAGCCAGACAAGUCAAAGCCAGACAAGUCCUAGCCAGUCUCUUGCUAGCCAAACUAUGGAUUCGGGCGCCAGGAGGAAUCUAGGAUUGCUAUUUUUCUAG